AUGCAUAUUGUAUCAAUGUAGUUGAAGUAGGAGAAUGAAACUAGAUUAUUUAGUAGUAUAUAAACACAAUAGUUUAAAGGCAGGAAAGCCAUAUUGGGAGAUUUUAACAAAAGAAAAAAGAAGAUGGCAAAUCCCUUUGGGCAAUUGGUUGAUGAUCGAAAGUUAGAUACUAUGUCUGAUUACGUGGGGAAAGCGAAAACGCAGGAAGAUCGAGCAAGAGAAGCAAUGCGUCUGAUAAAUGAGCAUGACAAGAAUGGCAAGGCAAGAAGGUAUGUAGACGGACUCAAGACAGAGUAUGGUAAUGGAGCCACCACUUUGUGCAUGGUUUACAAUGCUACUGGAGAAACUCUCUACUAUAACACCAGUAGAGAUUGGUACGGCUUCAUUGGUCGUACACCUUACCCUUUUGAGAUUGGAAAUGGCCAAUGGGCUUCCUUCCUCCAUGUCAAGAAGACCAGUGCGGCCUCCGGUUCCGAGGCCGCGUUGGUCUUCCGUGGUAAGAACGCCAGUGGACAGAACCGUGACUUCUGCCUCGCUUGGUCUAGCCCUUGGUCAGGUUUGUACAAAAACAAGGCUUACUGCGAUGUAGGUUCUACUGGGAGUUUCAAUCGCAAUUGGAAUACUGUAUACAGUAACUUGCAGAAAAGAGGCGGGUAUACACAUAGCACCGACGACGAUGGAGUUAACAUUAAAGUUUCUACUGCUGCGGGCUUCUCUCCGCUUUUUGUUGCAGAAAUUAGAACCCCGUUCGCUCCAAAAAUGAAAUAAAUUAAAUUAUAUAUGUUGUAUAAUUUCUAUGCCGUGUGUAAUAGUAAUAAUCAAAAUCCAUUGGAUUGUACUUUAUUUUAUGUACCAAUAAAAUUCAUUACUUGUGCUCAA